CCCGCUGACAGCCGCCCUGACAGCCGCGCCGCCAUUUAACCCUCCGCCCGCCGCCGGAGGUGUUACCUCGGCGGGAAGGAUCGCGCUUCAGCGCCGUCCCGCCGCCCGCCUCCAGCGUGGAACCGCCGUGCGGCGGCGUGGAGGUGAGCGCGGCGGCCGGGGGACGCCGGGCCUCGCUGAGGCGCGGGCGGGUUCCCCCGCGGCGGCGGCUGCAGGCGCCGAGCCCCGGCGGCACCGGCCGGGGAAGAGCCCGCCGGUCGCCUGAGGGGAGUGCGGGCCGGACCGCGCCGUCUUCGCCGUGACGGCUGGCUGCCGAGGAUUUUCCCGAAAUACCGGCGCCGCCUCAGGUUCCGGGGUUCGCCUCGGGUCGGCUCUGCCCCCGGGGCCGGGACCGUCCCGCCCGGCGGCCCCGCCGUUUCGGCGCUCCCGAAGCGCAGCUAGCACGGGCACGUAAAGUAAUGUUGUUGUCAGUCCGAGUCUGCGGUGUUCUUGGAAAAAAGUGCCUGCACUUUGGGGCUGAAGAAGGACAUGAGGAGUAAAAGGACCUGGGAUCUCACUGGUCAGAAUGAAACAGAUGUUGAAAGAUUUUUCAAAUCUGUUGUUAGUAGUGCUCUGUGACUACGUUCUCAGCGAAGUGGAGUAUCUCCUGUUGGAGCGCCCAGGUCAUGUAGCCUUCAGCAAUGACACAGUGUCUGUGGAAUAUCAGUACUAUAGUGGUGGUAAUGUGACAGCAGAGCAUCUGUCCAUCCUGUUGCUGGAUGCCAGCACCAACGAGAUAAUUGCAAGAAAACAGCUUCCAGCAAAUCAGUCCCAGGGGAAGGUAGAGUUUGAGUGUGUCCAUUUCAAGAGUGCUGGGGACUUUUUGUUCAGAAUGGUCUCUCCCAGUGAUAACAGCAGUGCUGCCCAGUGGAGCAGAAGACGCGUGUCCACCCUACAUGUGGAAUGGCCUGUAUUUCACAUUGAUUUGAACAAGAGUUCAGAGGUGCUUGGGAGCUCCCUUCAGGUUGGACUUUUUACAAACGAGCAGUUGUGUGCCGUGAACGAGACAGUGGUUUCAUUGGAUGUGAUAUUCACCAGCACCCUUUAUGAGUUCGGAAGAGUAAGCUCUGAUGAGACUUUGGGCAUUAGAACUAGCAAAGGAAUCCCACUGUCUAGGUCCCAGUGGGUAGAGUUUGACUGCCCGUCUGUUGGUCAAGAAACGUACAUCACUGUGUUACUGAAAUCGUUAGAAACCCAUUCUAUCAUUGCUUCCAUAGGACCCAUAGAUCUCCUCCACAAAUUUGGAUACAGACUGGUUGUGGCACCAGAAGCAACAUGCAAAACUUUGGUUCAGGUCUUCGUAGUCUCUCCACCGUGUACUUCUAUCAGCGGAAAAAUUGUCGUCUAUAAAGAGGCUCUCAAGCAUCCUAGUCAAAGAACAACUUGGCUGUAUGAAAACACCCUUCAUCCAGGAGACAACAGGACAGAAUUUAACUGCACUUUGUUUGAUGUGGGGAAGAACAAAUACUGCUUUGACCUCUUUAAUUUCUCAAACCGAAGCCAUUUCCCAACAAGAGUUAAGGAGUGUAUGAUGAUCCAAAGGAAUAUGGAAACGUGGAGCCUGUGGCAGCCCUGGAGCCCCUGCAGCGUCACCUGUGGGGACGGUGUCCGGGAGCGCUUCCGAGAGUGCCUCACCUCCUUGCCGGCAAAACCAGGCUGCGCUGGAUUACCAAGGGAGACUUCCUUGUGUUCGCUGGAGGAGUGUUUGUCGAUCAAGCCUCCCGCCCCACCUUCUGUCCAGCCAGGAGAGGACCAGAAAGCAAAUAAUAUAGUCACCAUCACAGGUAUCUCCUUAUGCUUGUUCAUCAUCUUUGCCACCGUUCUCAUCACCCUCUGGAGGAAGCUCUGCAGAGCUCAGAAGUGCAGCACUGCCGUCCGCCGAAACUCCGUCCAUUCCCCCGGCUUCCGCAAAAACUCCGACGAAGAGAACAUUUGCCAAGGAAACAAGCAGCGGGACAGUUUCACCGAAGGAGGGGAUGCCCCCGUUAACAUUCCUCUGACCUACAGGCGAAGCCUCCAGUUUGCCCAAGAAGACGAUGCCUCUGGAAGUGAGAACUUCCAGCCAAAUGCCCAAAAAAUAAUCCCUCCAAUUUUCAGCUACCGCCUGGCACAGCAGCAGCUGAAAGAGAUGAAGAAGAAAGGCCUGACUGAGACCACCAAGGUGUACCACGUUUCUCAGAAUCCCCUCACGGACACGGUUCUUGGUGCCACCACGAUGCUUCCCCUGGGAACAGAAAACCAAGAGGAGGCAGCGGCAAACAAAUUUAGGAUCAAAUCGCCAUUUGUGGACCAGCCAACCAGUCAGCCCAAAUUCCCGGGGGAAAGCUCUCACCCUAGGCUGGAUUUUCCAUUCUCACAGGGCAACCCUGCAAUGAGCCCUACCCAAACCUUGAUAAGAAGAGCUCAUUUCAAGCACCAGGAUAACAGAGGGGACUUGUCCGAGAGGGGCUGUCACAGAAACCCACAGUUCAGAAGAACAGCCAGUUUCCAUGAAACUAAAAAGGCCAGGCCUUUCAGAGAAAGAAGCAUGUCCACCCUCACCCCGCGACAGACUCCUCUCUACAACUCCAGGACCAGAACAUGGGACCAGGGUUUGGAGGACAGGACGCGGCCAAAAUCGAGAAACGCUAAUCCACCUUGUGACAAGCUGGAUCAGCCCCACAGCGCUGGGCUGGGGUGUGAACCGCAGGGCUACGGUGCAAAGUGCCACCACAGGGCAGGUCCCCCAGUGAAGAAGCUGGACCCGAGCUCUGACCGCCAGCCUGCCGGUCAGGAGAAGGCAGCUGAUAAGCACGAGCCCAGCCGAAGUAAGAGGGGCCCUUCACCCAACCCCAGAGGUGUGUGGCGGAAAGAAACGGGCUCAACUGGCAAAGAUAAUUCCCAGAGAGGCCUAAGUGUAAGCCCUGCCCAGUACCGAAGGGACAAGUGCCAGAGCUUCCCCUUGGACCCCGAGUUUGCCUUUUAUGAUAAUACUACUUUUGGCUUAACGGAGGCAGAGCAGCAGAUGAUUGACCUCCCUGGCUAUUUUGGCUCAAAUGAAGAGGAUGAAACGAGUACUUUAAGCAUUGAGAAGCUGGUGAUCUGAGUGACAUAUUGCAGCCCAGCAGGAGGGGCGUGCGCGGGAGCGGAUCUGCAGGAUCUGUUGGCUUCUGGUGGAAGGAGCAGCAGGAAUUGCGUUACCUCCGCACAGAGCAGGAGGGAAUCAUGCCCCAAGUCUGGCUCGUGGGAACACAUUCCUUUCUAAUUACUGGAAAGUGCUUCCGUAUCUUUUUUUUUUUGUACGUAUGUGUGUACAAUACACACAAAAUACCCUGGGAAAGCACUUGUUAGUGAAGGCGUGACACAGGAAUAGCAAAUAGAUUUUAUUGCAUAAAGCAGUGACGUUUCGUGCAUCAUACAUGAUGAAUGCCACUGAUCGAGCCUUUCCCACCUUGUGGACCGUGUGCUAGUAGAUUAUGGUGUCCUAAAGCAUCCAUUGUCCAGUAUCCUCGACCAUUUGUCCUAAUUAGUGAGUCAUUUCCCAUUUAGAAGACACAAACCUCAAGUUGUGAGUGGUUUUCGUCUUUUUUUCUGGUAGUCAUUUCUCAACUGUGUUGAUUGGUCGUAGUUGCUCAAAUAAGUCAUAUGGUGGUGUUUCUUUUAGCUGGUUGCAUGGAAGUGCAAACAAUUGAUGCUGAAUACUUGGAGUGAAUUGAAAAUUGAGGGGGCAUUUUUCACCAUUCAAGAGUCUGAUAUUUUCUUUCUGCCAAUAUUUAUACCAAGAAAACAGUAACAUACAAAUAUUUGCAGGAAAUGAGUAGGAAGGGGCAUGCUACUGGGAGGGCAAAGAAAGUGGGUGAUUAAAUUUUAGUCUUCACAGAAAUGUUACUGCAGCAUUUAAGCACCUAUAAAAGGCAGGGACAGAACUGUUGAAUCACCCAUCUUUCCAUAAUCAUCUUUGCCUUUAUUAAACUUUUUUUAAAUGUAAAUAAAUUGACAAUAAUACAACUACAGCAAGCUCAAAAUAAAUUAUGAACAAAACCAGUGAACAACAAAUUUAUUUGAUGAAUACCUGUUUUGCAAACAAAAACUAAAAUGGCCUGACAACAUCUGGUGAUUCCCAGAGAAUCUUAUGGUGAAGUACAAAAGUUACAUUGUUGGGGUUUUUUUUGUUGUGCUUUAAAACCAGAGAUCAAAAAUUCAUGAGCACACACUGCUGCAAGUUUUCAGAGCUGGGCUGAAACCCCAGUUAACAACAGAGACAGAGCUCAGGCCAGCGAGAAUCACUCAGAGACUUUGCUUGCCAUUUGUUAGGAUAACCGACUCUUCAGGCAGUUUGCAAAGACCGGGGGAAUGCUAUUGGGCAAAAACAAGAAAAGAGGAGAUGCUGCCCAUGGAGGAUGGAGUGAGAGAAGGUGGGUUCAGGCAGAGGACUGUCAGUCUUAAAACAACUCUCCCAUAAGGAGCCCAACCCUACUUGCCCUUUAACCCGCCUUGUGGGUGUGAAGGGAAAAUCAGCAUGUGCUCACUUCUCUGGCACUGGGCUGCUCUGUUUCUCAAAACUGGCUUUCUGAGCAGAAAGAUAGAUUUUCCAAUCCCACACUUUCUUUAUUCUCCAAACCAACAGCAAUUUUAAGGGAAGAGCAGCAUCGCUCUGCGUUAGGCAGUUACCAACGGCACCCCACUGAAGCGUCCAAAGCGUGCAGAGGUUACUUGACAGGCACACAGUGGGAGGGCUUGCAGUGACAGACUGGGACGAGCCAGACGCUCAGCAUUUGGCCGCCGGAGUCAUACCCCACCGUUUGAACGGCAUUUUUGAUGGGUAACGUUUUGCAGCUGCUGCUGGAGUGCCAGAUCUGACUUGCAGGGCGAUGUGAACUCCCUGUUUCCCAGGAGCUGGGCCAGCACGCCGCGUUGUCGACGUUCAGCCCUUCAGCCCAGCGUGGUGUUAGUACCAGCUACGCGUUCCCAUAAGCUGUCAGCUUGAAGUGCUGUUUAAAGCAUUUGAGAACAUGUCCACACUUGAAAAGUGAUCCAAAGCUAGCCAAAUGUAACGAGUCUUUAAAUUGACUUAAAUGAGCUGGAAAUCAGACCUCUGAAGCAAUUGCUGCUCGGGUUACUUACCAACCCUGUGCUAGAGUAAGCUCCACCUUGUGAAGCACAUUCACCCUGAAGCCGUGAUCUGUCAGUGUUGGAGCUACAGGGCUACAAAAUCUAUUUACAGCUUCAUGAGCCUCUCAGCACAGGAGAUCCUGGGGACACAGGAGAUGAAACGUGCAGCACAGCAACGUUUAGCAAGCAUUCCCCUAACCUUCAGUGGGAGUGACUUGAGCUUGGCAAUAGCCCUCAGAUCAAAUAAAUACUCAGCUAGUGGCAUUUUACCCUGUUUAUUAAGAUAAAGAGGGUUCUGAAACACUUCCUGGGCUUGCUGUGGGAGUUGUAGGGUCCUGCACAAAGCCCCGUGACCCGUGCAUCUCCGAGGAGGUUCCCUGCCUUGCAGGAGGGCAGAGGAGGCAGGGAGCCUUGCUCUACGUCAGAUGCUGCUUCCUGCAACCUCGUCUCAGUGUUGGGCUGCGUUCAGAACAGCUACUGUAAUGCAUUAGAUGUGCUUAGGUACAUCCUACAUCCAAGACAGCAAGGCAGACCCCUUCCCUCCCAGCUUGUCAGAUCAUGGCCCCUUUUUCUCCCUCAGAGACAGAAAAAAGCACCGUAAUGUAUUGAUGCAGGCUGAAAGCAGGCCAACUAUAAUGCUUGCCUCUCCAUAUUGGCACAGGGGGAGAGAGGCUCCAUACCCUGGACUUUACAUCACUCACUGGGGAACUGGACUAGGUAGCAGUUGUCUGACUAAGCCCUGUUGACUUUAUCUCCAGAUUGAUAUUGCAUUAUCAGAUGGGUUAUCGGCUGCUCAGUGAACUGUCAAACCACUAAUGCUGUCUCUUUGGUGCUGUAGUUGAUUUCCAGCAUGCAGAGUUGAGCAUCACCAGUCUGUAAUCUUUACCCUGCUUCCCUAGCCCUCUCCUGAAGAAUGGGAUUAAGCGUCAUCUGCCAGAAGGCAUUAACUUAUUUCACUCACAUUUCUCUGUGUCUUCUGCCUAGAUGAAAAUCGUCCUUGCUGCUCUCAGCACUGCAUCAGUGGCCACAUGGUUAACACAUGCGCAAAGUGGUUCCUUAUGUUCCCAACAUGCAGUUACAACCUUGCACUAAGAUUUUACUGUGGUAGAAUACAGAAGUAGUGAUCAGAAAGGAAAUAGUGCUGGCUGUUCACAGCCCUUUCUUCACAAGGGCAACCUCAUUUCAGAGAUGCAGGUGCAAGUUUCGUUCCACGUGGGUACGUGCCAAGGCUUGGCCGGAGGCAGCGGUGCAGUCUUGCCAGGGCUCAGGCUUUAGGAGCACGGCUCCCUGGAGUGCUGGCCCAUUGCGCCUUGGUGUUCACGUUUGCAAUCCCUGGGAUGGCUAGGAAGAAUUGAGGAUGGGGUUUACCUGUUGACAGAGCAGAGGGACCAAACCAAGUUUUACACUGAACCUUCACAUGUCUCUGCAUUGUCUCCAGGACAGCGUGAGGCAUGGAAAUUAAACUUACCUUGCAGAUCCUCUCAACUACCCCGGACAGCGGGUGCAAAAGCACCAGAGCCAACACCAAAAGAAUGCAUUUCUCGUAUUACGAGCUUUCUCAAGAUUUUAAUCCAAAUUUCUGUUCAAGUUCCUACUGUUGAAAACCAGAUACAAAGUGUUAAGUCCUACUCAGAUGGUUUUAUUUCACCCUUUAUGGAUAUAUAAUGCAAAUUACAAUAUGUAUGGAUCGAAAAGCAAGUAAAUGGAAAAGAACUACCAGUUUAAAAAAAUUAUUGUAAUUCAGAAAAAAAAUAGGCUCAUUCUACAACAUGGUAGUUAAAUGAUUUGCAUCAAGCUGAUAUUACUGUUCAUUUUUAACUGUUGUUAUGAACAACUCGUGGAAAAUAAAUUUUCAGUAUUCCA